GUCAAUAAAGUGACCAACUUUUGUUGCUUUUUCUCAUUCAAUCAAAAAACCCAUCUGCACUUUUCUCUCUUCAUUUGCUUUCUCUGCAAUUUUCUGAGUCAUUCUCCUGUAGACGGACAUGGAUGCUAUUUCACCUCUAAGAGCUGUGUGUGGAAGUGGUACUCAAUUCUCCGGGACUAGGAUCGAUCAUGGGCUUUGUUCAUUUUCUCAGGAAAUUAAAUCAAAAUCCAAACUUUCAGCGGUUAUGAGCCUAGAUUUGAAGGAACAUCCCAUGUCAUGGCUUCAAACCAAACACAUGGUCCUACUAAUUAGGUGGCUAGAAGCAAAUAUAAAAAAUGAGGCCUGAAGACCCACGAUCUAGACCACUUACAACACCAAGACAAACCACUGUGAUACUAAUAACUUUCUAUUUAAAUGUGGCCGUUUAAAUUGAUAAUAUUUUGCGGCCGGAAGCACAAGCUUCAUUGGUUUCCUUCCAAGGCCGGCUCUGUUCACCGGCUAUGAGCCUAGAUUUGAAGGAACAUCCCAUGGCUUCAAACCAAACACUCACCGCCUUGUCUUCUUCUUCCUAUGUGGUUCCUACAAAGACGUCAUCAAUUGGUAUGAGUAGGGGAAUGAGAUGGUGGGAAAAGUCAACGAAAGUCAACAUGUCAGAGAUUCACUCUGCUAAUCAUCUUGUUGACUCUUUGUUGAACACUGGAGAUAGAUUAGUUGUUCUUGAUUUCUACUCUCCUGGUUGUGGUGGCUGCAAAUCUCUCCACCCAAAGAUCUGUCAAUUGGCUGAAUCAAACCCAAACGUGAUGUUUCUCAAAGUGAAUCAAGAAGAGCUUAGAACAAUGUGUCAUGGCCUUAACGUUCAUGUGCUUCCUUUCUUUAAGUUCUAUAGAGGAGCAGAGGGUAAACUAUGUAGUUUCAGCUGCACCAUCGCCACCGUAAGCUAAUCACAUGAUCAAUCAGCUUUUAUAUCAUGAUAAUGAUAAUCACCACAGAACUGUAUUUGUUAUUUAAUACAUCUCCGUAGAACCUUUAAGAAGAAGACAUCCUUAAAUGUAUUUGUUACUUCCACAAGUGCCAAAAACCAUCUGAAUCAUUCAUGUGAUAAAGUUUUGUUUUAUCUUAGACCAGGUCGUCGUCACACUGCCACGGACGUAGCAAUUAAGAUUUGAGACAAGCAGUUCAGCAAGGACAUGUUUCAUACAUUUAAGCUCAAUUGUUUUUAUAAUUAAACUCAUUUCCUGUUUCAGAUUAUACAAGCGACAAGAAGCUAGCCUCCUGACUUAAGCCUUCUUCAACACUUCUUUGGUGGGAGUCCCAUUCUCUGACGAUCGAAUCCCUUCCUCAAUACGCUACAACACAACCACCACGAAUAAUAUGGUCACGCACGGUUUUUUUUUGUUGAGGAUUAAAAACUUGUAAAGCUUUCUAAACUCAUUUACCUGAAGAAGAUAGUUGUGAAGCCAAUCCAGCGUCUGUGGGAAAGUGGUGGCCGAUAUAUUAACAACAGUCACUCCCUGUGAAUUGAAGGAGCAAAGGUAGUCUUCAAUGGUCUUCAGGUUUGUAAGUAGUCUCUCUUUCUCCUAGCAAAAAGAAAGAUCAAACAGUGUUCACACCAACUUUCAAGAUCAGUUUAGUGAAAGCUUGAGGUUUGUUUAAUACCUUAGAUGUA